AGAGAUGAUGUCGAAUAGAGAUCCGUAUUCCUUCCCUCGAUAUCAGAAUGACGACAACUUUAUGGGUCAACUUAAAGCUGAAAUUGAAGGAUACCAAAAACCAACCCAUCUAGCACAGAAUGAUGAUCCUUGGAACAGACUCAAUAAUACAUGCACUCUAGCUUCAUCGCGUCGGGAGAUCUAUCACCAUGAUCCCGUUGCUCCAAGAGAUAGUCUGGACUUUAUCUUAAAAUCCGAGUAUGAUCAUCAUCAAGCCUUCUUGAAAGACCACAAUGAGACCUUAUACCAACCAGAAACACUUGGUGAUGACCAUGGACGUGUAUUGAAGAAUCGUGAAAAAGAAGUUAUUAAACCAAUACCGUACCUAAAUCAUCCUCUUUCUAUCUCACGAGGGAAGAAGAAGGAAAGCAUCCACUCAAUCAAAAAUGCAAUAGAAAGUCCUCACAGUGCUGGAACAAAUGGAGGCUAUUCUCGAAAACACGAUGGAGGGUUUUAUUGUACAUAGGAAUCCAGAAAGCUGAUAUGAACUGUAAAAGAUUUCAACUGAGGAAAACCCAACAGGACAUCAAAUCAUGUGUAGCAACUUGCAAUGGAAAGUAAUAAAAUGAUGAAUUAUGACAGAAGUUUUUACCUUCUGUUUUGAAGUCGGAUAUUAGUAAAUUUUCUCUUCUGCUUAUAAACUGUUUUCUAAAUAUUAUUUGCGAGAUAUAUAUUUUGAUAUACUUUUUAGUGCAAGCAUGGUUUCAUUUAUAUAAAUACAGUUCAGGUCUAGUUGUAAAAUAUGAGAAAUGAUUGUAUAUUAUGAUUGAAGAACUUUCUGUGAUAAAUAUUGACACGAAUGUGUAAAUGUUUUAAGUUUUGAGCAUUAUGUAAUUUUGUAGCUAACCAUAAC